GACCCUUUCCAUGGCGUUGCCUUCAGUCACAGUGUGGCCUUUGGAAGUAAUUGACGUACAACAGCCCUGUUCCUAGUAGCUUCGCAAACCGAGAACCCCACUAGCCUAGAUUCAAUCACUUUUGUACUGGUUCAUAUUGGUGAAAGUCAUCCCCACAGUUAUUAUCUACCGUCAUCCCACUCGAGAACCUGAUAUGGUGUGAAUUCCUUCGUCUUGUAUAAAUUUUGCAACAAGUUCAUCAAAGCGACCCUCAACGUGUUGCAACGGCUGUUCAAGUUCUUACGCUUUUCCGUUAGUUUUUUUUUACCGGCAAAACUUUGCGCCCACGAAGGUUCAUAAAAAAAUCAUAAUUCGUACCAAGGUUUGCUGUGGCCGCCGUCGCUUCUGUUGGCAAUUAGGACUUGGGCCCAGCGUUUUGAAUGGAAUUUAUCGACUCAUGAUCGAUACAUCUACACGUCGGAACUUUGGAGACAGCUUUGGAAAGGGGGAAAAUUCAGUCCCCUCUCAGGCAGGCAUAAAUUGUAUUGUGGUGUAGUGUCUAACCUAUAUAUUUGCUGCCACUCCAGUAGCAGUAAGUGUGUCGAAUGUGAAUUAUUAACGAACGCAAUAGUGCUACAAAAGGUUUACCAAGUGAGUGGGAAGAGCAUUCUAGAUAUUAUUGCGUGUCCUCAACCGGUUUCAGUGAUAGAGUGACGGUUUUGUAGUGGUGAGGUUACUUAAAUUGCUGAUGAACAGUGCAGCAAAAAUCACAAGCAAAAAACAGUAACUUUUUGAAGCAAUACAGGUGCAAAAAUCAAGUAUUACAAAUGAACAAUCAAAACGUGCAACGAGACAAUGAUAGCAGAAUCAAAGAUGGUUUGGUUAUAAAACCGUCGAACAUUAGAAUAUGGCUACACCAGAAAGCAUCUGGCAAACUGGCCAAGGUGAUCUGGGCCGGACAGGGAAUGCGUCUUCGAACGGAAACGUCGCAUCAUCCGAAGAUGAAGCGAUUUCUGGAAUGUGUGCCACAUGUUAUGGGUGUCAUCAAGGACAUCCACCAAGCCGUCGUGGAAAACGACCUGGAUACGCUGAAGGCAAAAACGGCCUCACCAACUCCACGCAUCGUCCUGACCAGCAAGGAUGCCAACGGGUUGACACCACUGCACAAAGCGGCAGGACUAGCCCACACACAGAUUGUGGAGUACAUCCUAUCGAUUUGGCCCAGUUUGUCGUCGGAUGAGGAUCACACGGGCAAGACUCCUCUGCACUGGGCGGCCAGCGCAAAGAACAAUGCGAGAAGUUUCAAUCUUCUGGUGCAGGCUGGUGCCGACGAAACUGCGCUGGAUCACGUAUGGAACAUGUGCUAGCUGGAAGUUGGGUUUGUUGGAAUGAGUCGCAAUCGUAAAUUGAAUGAAAUUCGGUCUAGACAUAAACUGCCGUGUUCUGGCAGAUUUGCCAUUUAAAAUUUAAGCAAUUUCGUUACUUGAUUCUCGAACAGAAGAAAAUUGCUGCUAAAUACUAAACUAGGAUAUUCUAUAUUCAAUACUUAUCACCUGAAUAAGAUAUGAAAUAGCCCUGCAUAAGAUGUAAACUAUCUCAAAUUUUAUCUCAUGAAUAUUCUACCUAAAACAAGCUUAA